AUGCUAUUUCUUCGUGACAACCAACUUCCCGGUUCCAUCCCUCAUGAAAUUGGAAAUCUAAGCAAAUUAUCUGAGCUGAACCUUGACAAAGACCAAUUGACUGGUGUUUUGCCCCAGAAUAUUUGCCUUGGAGGAUCACUUCAGAAAUUGGCUGUGAAUGACAACCAACUUACAGGUCCAAUCCCCAGAAGUUUGAAAAUUUGCUCAAGCCUAGUCAGAGCCCGUUUUGAUGGAAACCAACACCAUGGAAAAAGCAUAAAAGAUUUUGGUGUCUAUCCGAACCUGCAGUUCAUAGAUCUAAGCUACAAUAAAUUCUAUGGUUUAAUCUCAUCCAACUGGGAGAGGUGUCCCAACUUGUCGACCCUAAAGAUUGCAGGGGAUAAUAUUUCAGUUGGAAGGAUUCCUAAGGAAAUGGGGAAGUUGACUUCUUUGUUGAAGUUGAUUUUAAACGAUAAUCAGCUUUCUUAUGGGAUACCUUCAGAAUUUGGAUCGUUAACUAAUCUUGUGCAUCUAGACCUGUUGGCAAACAGAUUGAAAAAAUCGAUUCCUGACGAUGUUGGAAACUUAGCUAAGCUCAACUACUUGAAUUUGAGCUGUAAUGAGUUUAGCCAAGAAAUUCCAAUUCAGUUGGAGAACUUAACUCACUUGUCGGUGUUGCAUUUAAGCUGGAACUUCCUCAGUGGAGAAAUAUCAGAUAGAUUCAGAAGCAUCCAGAGCCUGGAUAUAUUGAAUCUCUCUCACAAUCACCUCACUGGUUCCAUUCCAGAACUGCACGGCUUGUCCCAGCUCGAUCUUAGUCACAAAAUGCUCACUGGAGAGAUACCGGCAAAAUUUUCAAGUUUGCGAACCUUGGAGAUAUUGAAUCUGUCUCACAACAAGCUCAAUGGUAUAAUUCCAGCAACCUUCCGAACAAGGAAAAGAGGCUCAGUGACAGGAAGCAACAUGAAUAACGAAGAGUUGCUUUCCAUAUCAAUUUUCGAUGGAAAAAUAAUGCACCGAGAAAUCAUAGAAGCAACCAAGAAUUUUGACAGCAUGUACUGUAUUGGAGAGGGCAGAUUUGGACGUGUCUACACAGCAGAAUUGUUAUCGUGUGAUACUGUAGCUGCAAAGAAAUUCCAUUCGUUACCUCAUGAUGAGAUGGCAGAUCAGAAAGAAUUCCUGAAUGAGAUAAGGGUAUUAACAGAAGCAAGGCAUCGAAAUGUUGUAAAACUCUAUGUUUUUUGUUCACACGUCUGA